UUCAACACUCGUUAGCCACACGAUACCUGUUACUUGUUGAUCGCAUUUUUCACUUCACAUAUGCGCACGCCAUCGUUAUGCGUAGAGGCGUCAGUGUUGCUACUGUAUCGAUAUAACCGGCAAAUUGUUGCUUUCUUGAGGAUGGUUUUUCGGGAUUAUCAUCGUUGUUAUCAGUGUCGGCGCUGGUGUUAUUGAUGGAACUCUUGUUACAAUAUUUACUAUGAUAUUGAUUCCUUUAUUUAUUUGUCAUAUAAGCCGGCGCACUUUGGGAUGGACUAUCUCGAUUGUAGCCAUUUGGAAUUAAUUUUAUAUUCUCAGUACACCAUAUCGGAAUAAUACUCUGUAUUUUAUUUAUCAUGAGAAUCUUCGUAUCUUUUUUUAUAUGGAUUCUAACAUUUAUAUACGUUCAUGCAGCAAACAAGUACAGACGAGUCUGUUACUAUUCCAGCUGGGCUAUUUACAGACCAACAAGUGGCAAAUUUAGUCCAAGCGAUAUUGAUCCAUUUUUAUGCACACACAUCAUUUACGCCUUUGCCAAAUUAAAUGAAGAGUCGUCUAUUCUUGAAACGUUCGAUCCGUGGGCGGAUCUGGAAGAUAAUUAUGGAUUAGGUGGUUACCAAAAAGUCACAGCGCUCCGCAAUCAGAAUCCCCGAUUAAAAAUCUUGAUCUCAGUCGGCGGCUGGAAUGCCGGUUCGAGCGGCUUCUCCGAGAUGGUCUCCACGCGGCUCAAGCGCAAAACAUUUAUCGAAAGCGCCCUACGCUUUCUGCGCAAGCACAACUUCGACGGGCUGGACAUUAACUGGGAGUUUCCGGGUGUGCGCGGUGGUCGUGAUGCCGAUCGGAAUAAUUUCGAUCUGCUUGUGCAGGAACUGCGCGAUGCUGUUGAUGCUGAGCCGGCACUGUCGGGCAAGCCACGAUUACUGAUAAGUGCCGCCGUAUCGGCUAGCGACAAGACGGUGCAGACCGCUUACAAUCCCUCCAUACUCGGCAAAUUUCUGGAUUUUAUAAGUAUUAUGACGUAUGAUUUUCACGGGAGUUGGGAUAGUAAUGUGGAGCAUCAUAGUCCGAUUUAUGGGCGGAAUCGCGACGUCAGCACCGUUCCAGGAUUUAACAUGGUCAGUGCUAUCAAAUUGUGGAUUAAAGCUGGGUGUCCGGCAGAUAAAAUUGUUGUGGGCAUACCGUUCUACGGCCGCUCUUUCACACUGACUGAUGCCCACGUCACGGCGCCCGGCUCACCGGCCGUGGGCGGCGGCGAACCGGGACCGUUCACCCGCGAACCGGGUUUCCUUUCAUAUUUCGAGGUGUGCAGUUUGUUGAUGGAUAAAACAUGGACCGUUGUCAUUGAUCCCGAGGAAAGGACACCGUAUGCAUAUAAAGAAGACCAGUGGAUUGGAUACGACGACAUUGAUAGUAUCAUCAAAAAGACAGUCAUUGUGCGCGAAUGGGGCCUGGGCGGGGUCAUGGUGUGGUCCGUCGACAUGGACGACUUCCGCGGCCUAUGCGGACCGCAGUCUUACCCCAUGCUGCGCAUGAUCAAAAAGGUCCUGGAAUUCCAACCCGUCCGCGUAGUCAACCUCCUGCCCGCCAUCCCGCAGGCGCUCGCCCAUUCCUUCCCCGCCCAGAUGCACCCGACCAUCCCACCCCGGCUGCUUCUACCCUCCGAGGCCACGCCCACCAACGCCACCACGCCCACCACCCCGGCCAUGGUCAUCCGCUACGAGAAGCCCAAACCGUCGGAUCUGACCCCGACCAUCAGCGGACAGCCCUCCUCCAAGGCGGCGCUGGAUCUGGACGCCGUGCCCACCAUCCAGGUGCAGGCGGUGGUGCACCCCAAAACCCGCUUCUUUGGCCCGCUACUCCAACCGCCCAUGAUGCUGCCGUCGCAGAUCCUGCCCUUUCUAUCGCGCUCCUUUAUCGACCAACCACCGCCACCGGGUCCCAUGGGACCACCGGAUCCGCCCAUGUUUGCCAAGCAAUUUGACGAUAGUAUUCCCAAUCCACAGCAAAACCAGCUGCAACAAUCCGGGCAGCCGUUUCCCAUGAAUCAGGAUCAGCAGCCGCAGAUACCGAUGAAUUUGCCGCCACAGCAACCGCCCCAGAUGCCACCGCCACAGCAAUCUCCGCAGAUUCCGCAACAGCAACCGCCGCAGAUACCACAGCAGCAACCACAACAGCAACCACAACAAACCGCGCAGUUAAACACCGCUUUUGAUGCUCCCAUGCAACCAAUGAACAAUCAGUUUAAUCCCUUAACGCCAUUUAACGGCCCGUCCAUGUUAGACACGCCCAACAAACCCCACAACGAACAGUCGCCACAGCAACCGCCCCUACAGUUGCAGUCCAAUAUGAACAACUUUCAGCAGCCAUCACAAGGUCCACAGUCCAAUAACAAUAACAACAUUCCGCUGCAAACAGCCCAACUGAAUACGGCCAUGAACCACAUUCAGCAAGGUCAGCAGUUCCCGCAACUGACCAGUGUCCAGCAGACGGGGCCGGCGUUCUCCAAACCGUUUAUGCCGGACGAGCAGCGCUUGCAGCAGUCGGUGCAGUCGCCGCCUGUACAGAAUUCCAACGGGAUAAAUAACAACCAGUUACCGAUGUUUAAUAAUGAUCUGAAUGGGUUUAAUAGCCGUCAGAUUGACGGCGGUCCCCGCGUCACGACGGCAACCGAUAUGCAAGUGGCAGAUUCUAAUAUUAACAACGGCGUCAUUCCGUUUAAUAUGAAUAUGAAUUCCCAGCAUCCCAGUAUGCGCCAGCUCGAACCCAUGCAGUGUCCCGCGGAAGGAUUCUUUAGAAAUCCUCAAGACUGCACAAAAUUUUACCGGUGUGUAAAUAUGUUGGGUAGCUGGACAGUGUGGCACUUUUUCUGUCCGGCGGGACUCGUGUUUGACCCUAAUCACGCUGUUUGUAACUGGGUGAGCAUGUCACCACCUUGUUGAAACGAUAUAAAAAUAUACCGGAAUCUAUUUGGAUUUCGCGUCGGAGCGGCAAAGUUGACAAGUAUGGAGUUUAUUAUGGUUCUAUGACCUCGAGCCGACACUGGCAAUGGCAGGACUGCGGUAUAGAUUCCGUGCACGUGAUGAUUAGAAAUUAUUUAUUCGUAUUGGUAUUUUUUUCUAAUCGAGCACUCUUGUCAAAGUUUGUUGUGAAAUCUGAAUGUACACAUUAUUGUAUUGUACGUAAUACAAUAAUUCUGUAAACACUGUAA